CGGGCGUCUAAAAACGACAUCCAGCGGUCGCUGUAUCUUAGCAACAGCGCGGCUAACCGUGACACGGACACACGGAGACCCUGUUAGUGAAAACGCGUUAUAAGGAGGAGGUGGAGGUGACAGGUCGAGGUGAGAUAUUAAAUAAAGGCCCAAGCCGGUCAGAUCGGGGACCUGUCCGGUAAUGGACACACGUGCCUCCUCCCCGUUGGCUCCAGACAAAGACAGCGGCUAACCGGCUAACCGGAGACGAGCUAGCGGGAUCCCACGUUUCAACACCGGAGGAAGGAAAAAAAGAGGCACAUAAAAGUGUAGUAAAAUCCCUCCGGUUCCAACGCUGCCACUCACCUCCCGGGUGGUUAGAGAUCCCGCUCCGGACGGCGCUCACGUGCACUCCAUAGGGUUCCCCCCGCUCAGUCAUAAUUAAUUGGAACCGUAGCUUGCAGAGAUAAAGAAGGGUACAUCUCCAUGGUGACAACUUCCCAGGCACACACAGCCGGUUGGACUGUGACUCAGUGAACGAGUGGAUCCUCAGAGGAGCAGCAUGCACAGAUCCUACCAGCCGUUGAAACCCGUCACCAACCGCUACCUGCAGCAGAGAUGGGACCAGCAGGACUACGAGAACCACCGCAGGAAGGUGAGCUCCUCUCUGCCAGUAGUGGACAUGAAGGGCAAGAGGACUCCAGAUCACGUCCAACUGAAACUCAAAAAACUGCAGCUGCAGGACGAGCGUCUGUCCGUCAUCGACAGGGACAACCGACUGUUGGCUUCCAAGCUGGCCCACAUCGUCUGCUCUAAAGGUCUGGUGGACCACCAGAACCAGAACCAGAACCACCUGAGGAGUCUGAAUGCCGACAAGAGGAGGGAGGAGCUUCUGCUGGUGAGCCGUCAGAACGAGGCCAUCUACCAGCGAAUCACGAGCCGCCAGUCGGAGCACCGCCGCCAGGUGUGGUGGGAGGACUGGGAGAGGACGCGGCGCCACAGGGACCAGCUCUCCCGGUUCCCCCGAGGCCUCGCGGCCCAGAGGUCGAGCAGGAAGGUGAAGUUUUCCGCCCCGGAGGGCAGCGAGCGCUCUGAGGGCUUCAGCAGCGCCGAGCGGACGGGCCGAGGCCCCUGAAGCCCUAAAGACCUGAAGACCUGAAGCCCUGAAGGCCUAAAGACCUGAAGACCUGAGACCCUGACGCCCUAAAGCCCUGAAGCCCUGAAGGCCCUGCAGUCCUCCCGUUAGUAGACCGUGUGACUACAGGAACUUAAACUCAUCUCCAUCCUCAUAAUCUUGAUUGUUUUAGUGUCUCGUUGUUUGAAUAUCAAUAAAUCGUCCAUCUGA